GUCACCAGGUGUUCCUGGCCUGCAAGGAGCUUAAGCUUCGCGUCAGCACCAUGGACAGCGGCCGCGAAUCGCCUCGGGGGCGCUUGGACGCCCUGGGCUUCUGGCGGGUCUGGCAGCGCUUUGACACUGAUGAAAAAUGCUACAUAGAAGAGAAGGAGCUUGAUUCUUUCUUUCACCACAUCUUGAUGAUGUUGGGCACUGAUGCGGCGGUCAUAGAAGAAAAUGUGCAGAGGCUGAAACAGCAAUUUAUGGCUCCCCAGGACGUCUCUAGAGAUGGUCGCAUACAAAUGAAAGAGCUUGCCAGUGUGUUCUUGUCUGAGGAUGAAAACUUCCUUCUGCUCUUCCGUCAGGAAACCCCCCUGGACAGCAGCGUGGAGUUUAUGCAGAUUUGGCGCAAAUAUGACGCUGACAGCAGCGGCUUCAUAUCAGCUGCGGAGCUGCGGAACUUCCUCCGAGACCUCUUCCUCCACCACAGAAAGGUCGUUCCUGAGGCCAAGCUGGACGAAUACACCGGCACCAUGAUGAAGAUCUUUGACAAAAAUAAGGAUGGCCGGUUGGAUCUUAAUGACUUGGCAAGGAUCCUGGCUCUUCAGGAAAACUUCCUUCUCCAAUUUAAAAUGGAUGCUUGCUCCACUGAAGAAAGAAAGAGGGACUUUGAGAAAAUCUUUGCCCACUAUGAUGUUAGUAAAACCGGAGCUCUGGAGGGGCCGGAGGUGGAUGGCUUUGUCAAAGACGUGAUGGAGCUGGUGCAGCCCAGCAUCAGUGGAGUGGACCUCGAUAAGUUCCGGGAGAUUCUUUUGCGCCACUGUGAUGUGAACAAGGACGGAAAGAUUCAGAAGUCCGAGCUCGCGUUGUGUCUUGGGCUGAAAAUCAACCCAUAAGCCCCAGAAUGCUGUGUGCUUUGCUCUUAGGGUGUUUCUGAGCUCCUGCUGGGAAAACUGAAUCUGUGCUUUGCUGUUGGGGACACGCGGGCAAACUUUCUAACAACUGGUGUGGCAUUCCAGGGCAAGGGGGGCCCUAGGGCCUUCUUUCUCAGGGUGUGGUGGUCUCCGGCCUCACUGAGAGCCCUUUGCAGUGUCUGUUAUCUGCCCCCUCCCCGGGCUUUCCUGUCCCCCCACAGAGAGUCAGCUAACCCCCUGCUGGAUCUGCUCCUGCCUGGCCUCCCUCAGGCCCCCGGGGGCAGGGGAGAAUGAGUCCCUCCACCUGUACUUUCCUUGUGGGCUUUCCAGUGGUGAGUGGCAUCUGUGAUGGUCCUGUGACUUCUACAAAUCAGCUUUGUCUUGGAAAUAAACCUGUAGCUGGAAACAAA